UGCUCCUCUUUCGUUUUCGCUAACUCGCCUUCUCUUCCUUCAAUUUCAUCGUCUCGCUUUUCCUUGUCAUCCCUUACCUAAUACUACAACAAAGGACAAUCAAUGGCGGAGGAAGAAGCUUCCCCGCCUCCGAGAGGAGAGGAUAUUGGAAAGCUGGAAUUUGGAUGCGAACAUUACCGUAGAAGAUGCAAAAUCCGAGCUCCAUGUUGUCAGGAAAUCUUUACCUGCCGUCACUGUCAUAACGAAGCCACCAGCGCGUUGAGCAAUCCUAAGGAUCGGCAUGAAAUUGUUAGGCAUGAUAUUAAACAAGUUAUCUGUUCACUUUGCAACACUGAGCAGCAGGUUGCUCAAGUUUGCACGAAGUGUGGAGUCAAGAUGGGUGAAUACUUUUGCGAUACAUGCAAAUUUUAUGAUGAUGAUACAACCAAAGGGCAAUUUCACUGUGAAGGAUGCGGAAUUUGUAGAGUUGGAGGUAGAGAUAAAUUCUUCCACUGCGAGAAAUGUGGUUCUUGCUAUCAAGUGGAACUGCGUGAGAAUCACUUAUGCCUUGAGAACUCCAUGAAGAAUUACUGCCCAGUCUGUUAUGAGUAUCUUUUUGACUCGGUUAAAGGCGCAGCUGUUCUGAAGUGUGGACACACCAUGCACAUGGAUUGCUUUAAACAGAUGGCUGAACAAAAUCAGUAUCGCUGUCCAAUAUGCUCCAAGACUGUGAUGGAUGUGUCACAUUAUUGGAGAACGCUAGACCAGGAGAUUGAAGCUAUUCAAAUGCCUGAGGAAUACCAAUAUGAGGUUUCAAUCCUAUGCAAUGAUUGCAAUGAAACUAGCAAAACCGCAUUUCACAUAGUUGGACUAAAGUGCAGUCAAUGCAAUUCAUACAACACCCGAAGAAUUUCAACGCCAGAUGAUCACUAAUGGAGGUUUUAACUAAUCAUCAAUGCAUGUUAGAUGCUGCUUACACAGCUAACCUUGUUACAGGCAUAGUUUUCAUUUUCGUAAAUUCUUGUAUUCGUAUUAUACGUGACAGCCUCAGAAGAGUUAGUAAUAAUGAAAGAAAGGGGAUUGCUUAUUCUCCUAUUUGAAAUAUUA